AUGGGUGCAGAUACUCGCUACCCGCCGUCGCGCGGCAGCCCAACACCUUUCACUCCCUCGGCGCCACCCACGCCUGCUCAAUACGUGUCGCUCGUGCAGCUCCAGCAAGCUUUGGAAGAGCACGCCAGGCACCACUUUCCGCAUCACAACAGCCGUUCUACCCUCCCCGUCUCCAUCAACGAUCGAAACGUGCCAACGUAUAGCACACCGGAGGUUGACGUUUACAACGCAGCUGAGAACGACCAGCUUAACGAGCUCGUCGCGAACGGACCUGGAUCAACCAUUAUCGGAUCGGAACGCUCCACGCCAAACAACGGUGGGGUUUCUUUGCUCGGUACUCCCGAACUCAACUCAUUCAGCUACGACGAUUUCGACACGAUGGACGACAUGGAUCACACCCCGCAGGCAAACAACGGAGGCAGCGGCCUCGAAGUUGCUCCGAUGCCGGACAAUGCCUCCACCCAGCUUGCGUACAGGCUUAGCAUUGUAGAAGCCCAGCUUGCCGAGAAGGCCAUGCAGUUGGAAGAAAGGAUGAAUGAGUACCAGGAGCUCAAGAUGGAGUACAAGGAACUCAAGCAGGAAUGCAGGGACAUCAAACAGGAGAACAAAGACAUCAAACGGGAGUGCAAAGACGCCAAGCAAGAAGACAAGGUAUCCAAAGAGGAAGCCAUGAAGCAAUACCAGCAGAGCAGGCAGGAGUACACUGAGCUCAUGGGUGAGUUCCGUGAGCUCAACGUGCAGUUCCGCAGGAGCAACGAAGACCGCCGUCUCCUUCAGGCGCGUAACCUUGUGCUGCAGAACGAAGUCCUCCUGCUUCAAGGUGACGUGCGGUUCAUGUUGCGCAGCCCCGGCGAGCAGCCGCCUUCGCGUGGAGACCAGCUCGAGGAGCAGACGCCUGCUCACAGCACUCCCAACAAGACUGCAGGCCAGUCUGUCAACGAGCCCACUUCGGCUGGCAAGAAGUCAACCCCCCAGGCCCAGCCUACCUUUCCGUCCGGUGUCGAAGUCACUCCUACUCCAAGCAGGGCCGCUCUUGCAAAGGCCAACAGGUCUUUCCCCCCGCCUGAUAUGGAUGAUUUGAACACGAGCCUGGUUCCGUUUUCCGAUACGGCAGCCAUGAGCCCCGUCAUCGUGAGUACGCCGCGGUCCGUUGCCUCGAAGGCCAGCAACACGUUCAACCCUGGUUUCGGCAUUCAUGGCCCGCUCAACACGCGUAAGUCCAGCCCGGCGCUCCGUGAGCGCGCUUCGUUCCAUCAGUCUGGCCGCUUCGACGACCCUUUCCAGCAGUCUCCUGUCGCGUCUAAGCAAUCGUCCAUGGCAUCUUUGGCCACGUCGUCUCGCCCGUCGUCUUCUGAGAAUCUGCGCGGCACUCCUGCCAAAGCCGGUCCUCACCAACAGCGCCCGCCGUCAUCGAAGGCGUUGACCUCGACGAACUGGAGGCAGCCUCCGCCCCAGCGGCAGCUGGCGAGCGGCCAGUCUCCCGAGUCCGCUCCCGACCUCCCGACCGUGCGUAACAUGUACGCCGUCAUGCUGGCCAAAAUCGAGACGUGGGCCGACGUCUACUGCGGCACGAUCCACACGUCCGUCCGCUCCAAGGAGCAGCGCACCGCCGACAUGAUCAAAACGCUCGGCGCGCUCGUCGGCAGCUUCGACCUGGAGCGCGUCUUCAACAAGCUCGAGUUCCGCACGCUGCUGGUCACGGCGCACGUCAACCGCGCCAUCUUCGAGCGCCUGUUCGGCGAGGCCGUCAUCAACGAGCGCUUCGGCGACGAGACGGUCGCCCGUCUGCGCGAGCUCAACGACCUCGAGGCCGGCACCUCCGCCCGCGACCCGGCCAAGCAGCGCGAGGUCGCCACGGAGAAGGCGGAGAUCCUGGGCGCCGCCUUCGCCGCCCCCGGCGCCUGGCGCGUCGCCGAGGCGAAGGCGAUGACGGCCGAGGUGUGCGGCGUGCUCAACCCCAUCAUCCCCAUCUCGGAGCGCUCGAGCGGCGUGCAGCAGAUGGAGGCGCUGGUCGAGGAGGCGCUCCAGGUCGUCGGUGCUGUGCGUGGCAUGCCGGCGCGCGCCUGGCACAUGGCGUUCGACGUGGCUGGGGCCAGGGUCAACCUUGCGACCAUGGCUGUCCGUGGUUCGGUCGAGUGUCGGCAGAGUGGCGGUAGUGCUAUGCCGAUGGAAGAGGAACACGCCGUGGUGUUGGGGGUCACCCCGCACCUGGUGUCCAAGCUGUGGACGCCGGGUGGGGUGGCGCCCGAGGAGCUCCUGAAGGCAGAGGUGCUCACGCACCCUGUCGCCAGGGGCUUCUUCGCCCAGCACCGCUGA